CUCUUGAGAACCUGUUUUGAUCGCAAAUCCCACAAUUUGAUGGUAUGUCCUGCGGAUAACAAUUUGGCGGCUACACAGAAAUCAUAUGAUGAGUCAAAAGCCAACGUGCUAAGUAGUUCAAAUUACGAAAUACCAAAACCGCCCGCAGAAAUUGACAAACCCACUCAAGAUUCAUCAACUCAAAAUUCGUUGAACCAAGAUUCAUCGACUCAGGAAGAAUCAUUAGAAACAAGAUUGAAUGAACUUGAUUUGAUGAGUGUGGAAUCUGAAACUUCUCAAAAGUCAUCGCACACACCAAAGUUUAAAACACUCCAAGGAAAUUCUAUGCAGCAGAUGCUAGUUCAAGCAUUACACUCAAAUGAUGAUCAUCUAUUUAAUUUAGUUUUGGAACAAACAAACCCAGAUAUUGUUAGCAACACUGUUAGAAAAUUACCUACAAAGUAUAUAAUACCUUUCCUGGAAAAGGUGAUCACAAGGUUUUAUGAAAAACCUAAAUCUGUAAUGAAUAUGUUACAAUGGAUAAAGGCUGUACCUGAUCUAACUCAGAAACUCUCGGAUUUUUAUCAAGCGUUGGAUUCUCGAUCGGCUGUAUUUCAAAAAUUGUUGAAUUUUCAAGGACGCCUAGAUUUAAUAAUGCAACAGAUAGCGAUGCGAAAAACUCAAGGAGCUGGAACAACAAAU